CGGAGGGAGGGGAGGAGGCAUCGUUCCUGCUGUCCUCUAUCGGGAAAGAGCGGCGGCGGCGGAGGACGAGAGCUCCGAGGCUUCUGACGCCCCGAGAGAGAGGGAUAAAGAGCGACCGCGAGCCCCGCAGACAUGCCCGGCUUCGACUACAAGUUCCUGGAGAAGCCGAAGAGACGCUUCCAGUGUCCGCUCUGCAGCAAGGCGAUGCGCGAGCCCGUCCAAGUGUCCACCUGUGGACACCGGUUCUGUGACACCUGUCUGCAAGAAUUCCUCAGUGAGGGCGUCUUCAAAUGUCCAGAGGAUCAGCUGCCUUUAGACUAUGCCAAGAUCUACCCGGACCCGGAGCUGGAGCAGCAGAUCCUGGCGCUGCCCAUCCGCUGCAUCCACAGCGAGGAGGGCUGCCGCUGGACCGGACAGAUGAAGCAGCUGCAGGGCCACUUCUCCACCUGCGCCUUCAACGUGAUCCCCUGCCCCAACCGCUGCUCCGUCAAGCUGACCCGCCGCGACCUGCCCGACCACCUGCAGCACGACUGCCCCAAGCGCAAGGUCAAGUGCGAGUUUUGCGGCAGCGAGUUCACCGGCGAGGCCUACGAGAACCACCAGGGCGUGUGUCCUCAGGAGAGCGUUUACUGUGAGAACAAAUGCGGCGCGAGGAUGAUGCGCCGCCUGCUGUCCCAGCACAGCAUGGCCGAGUGUCCCAAACGCACACAGCCCUGCAAGUACUGCGGCAAAGAGUUCGUCUUCGACACAAUCCAAAACCACCAGUAUCACUGCCCUCGCUUCCCUGUCCAGUGUCCCAACCAAUGCGGCACUCCCAACAUCGCCCGGGAGGACCUGGCCAACCACGUCAAGGACAACUGCGGCAACGCACUCGUCCUCUGUCCUUUCAAAGACGCUGGCUGCAAACACCGGUGCCCUAAGCUGGCUAUUAGCCGCCACUUGGAAGAGACCACCAAGUCGCACCUCACCCUGAUGUGUAACUUGGUCGGUCGCCAACGGCAAGAAAUCCUGGAGUUGCGGCGAGAGAUGGAGGAGCUGUCGGUCAGCCAAGACGGCGUCCUCAUCUGGAAACUCAGCGACUACUCCCGCAAACUCCAAGAGGCCAAACUGCGGAGCAACCACGAGUUCUUCAGCCCGCCGUUCUACACGCACCGCUACGGCUACAAGCUCCAGGUGUCGGCCUUCCUGAACGGCAACGGCAGCGGCGAGGGCUCGCACCUCUCCGUCUACAUCCGCGUCCUGCCGGGAGAGUACGACAACCUGCUGGAGUGGCCCUUCUCCUACAAGGUGACGUUCUCCAUCCUGGACCAGAGCGACCCGUCCCUCUCCAAACCACAGCACAUCACAGAGACCUUCAACCCGGACCCCAACUGGAAGAACUUCCAGAAGCCCUGCAGCAGCCGCAACUCGCUGGACGAGAGCACCCUGGGCUUCGGCUACCCCAAGUUCAUCUCGCACGAGGAAAUCAAGAAGAGGAACUACAUCCGAGACAACUGCAUCUUCAUCAAGGCCUCUAUAGAUAUUCCCCAGAAGAUAAUGGGUUGAGACCCAAGUGUCCGUUUUUCUGUCCAUGAAGGAGGAAGAUGGGUUAAAGACUGGGACUGACGCUUAACCUUGAAAACUUCUACAGGUUCCUCCCCUGAUAGCCUCUCCACCGCAGAGCUUGGAACGAGUCUGGUUUGUGUGAGCCGACUUGGAGGAACUCGCAUCACGAGAGGGGGGAAAAUGUUUGGUCUGCAGAACCGUCACUUGCUGACGUUCCUUUUUUACGUUGUUUUUUUUCUAUGCGUUUGCUGACCUUUUGAUCACCCUCUGCAACUUAAAGCCUUUGAAAUCAAACAGUGCCUAGAGUGUUUACCUUGAGUUGUACUUCUGUUUUUAUUUCUGCAGUACCAACACAUAAAGAAUAUGGUAGAGAUAUAGAUAUAUAAAGUUGGAAGGGCAUCUGUGAGCGGAAAGACGCAAAUGUUCAGCACCACCCCAAAGAAGAGGGACCUAGCAGAUUCAAACUCAAGUAUCGUGAUCCUUUAACAAACUGUCCCCCAUAACAACUACCAAUAUGACCACAAACAUACACAUACUUUGAGGUGACCUCAAAUAUCUAGAUGUUUUAAUUAAAUAUCUUUGGCAAUUCAUAGCUCUCCUAAAUGUGAAGUUUCUGUUUUCUGUUUGUUUAACUUAUCUGUAAAACAAAAUGGUUUAGUUAAGGAAACCACAGAUAAAAAUUGCAAUCUUGAAUCUAGACGCAAACUUAAAACUAAGCAACUUCCUGUUUUAUUGAUUUUCUGCUUAUGUACCGCCACCGAACUUGGAAUUUCAGGUUAACAUGUCUGAUCUUUAGCAGAAUACUGACUCAUCAAAAAGACAAUAACUGAGGCUUUAUAGUUUUUACUACGCCAGAAAGAAAAUUCAUUUGUGCUGAUAAUGAAAUUAAAGCUGGCUUCAGAAUCAUUUAAAUAUCUUCAUUAAGAACCAGAACCGGGAAAAACUUAUAAAACCUCUUCUCAUUUAUUUAUAAAGAAAACCCCAUACUUAUAUUUCUCUAAACUUGACAAAAACACUUAAAACUAAAAAUAACAAAUAUUUAAGAUUUAACUUAAAUACUUUAUUGAAUGACUAUCACCCAACACUAGAUGUGAAUUUCCCUCCUGGACCUAACCCGUUAAACUAUCUACACUGAUUUUAUGCUUUUAUGCUAAGCUAUGCUAACUACAAGUUAUUAGCACAGUUUUGCAUUGACUACAUAAAUUUUCAUUUACCUUUUGUAACAGUAAAAAGUCAUUUUACCUUUUGCUUUUCCAAAAACACUUAUGCAAGACUGUUGCAAUUAUGCAGUUAAAGGUGAUCUUUGAAGUGCUAAGCUUCGCUUAACUGCAUAAAAAGUAAGAACCAGCAUGGCUUUCACUGAACAGUUACCGCCCAGCAGUAAGAUGUGAUUCCUCCACACAUACAGAUGCAGCAAGUUCACCGUUUGUUCCAGAUUUCAGUCAUUCAAGGGUUUUGCAAGAACUGAGAAAGACUUUUAUUUUCUCGAGGUGUCAAGAUUUCACAGAAAGAAACGCCACAACUCUUGGGACGUCAGCCAAAACUUUCCCCCAUUGAACACAUCCUGUAUCAUUUUUCAAUUUCAAAGAUGAUUUGUUGAGAAUACUCUGCAUUAUUUUCCUGCGUAGCAUGCAUAGGCUAACGAUGCUAACAGUGUUCAUUAGCAUAGCUUAGCGUAAAUAUUAAAACAUCUGUCCACAUGCGUCCUCUAACUGAGAAAGUCAGACUUUAGGUACUUUUCAAAAACAUUUACAAAACCAAGACUACACUUAAAACAAAUUCCACGAGAAUGCUGAACGUGUGUGGGUUGUUACCGUAGCAGGAACUCGCUGGUGUGCAAGUUGUAAGCAGGUCACCGUGUCAGGGGCUCUGGUGUACUGAACACACACACAACCCUAACGGGCCCCAUAUUUACCCAGUCCUCACACUAAUAAGAGAUGUUGCCGCACCUUUUGUCCACUUCCUCCCAGCCAUCGGAAUACACCCGCAUUUUAAGAGUGAAGGAAAAGCCAUGUGGCCUUUUACACAGUAUGUUUUCGCAUGAUGGUUUUAAAGGCGAGCAGGCAAACAUAUGCUUCAUGUGUCAAAACCUCGCCCUCAAGUUUUUUUUUUGUUUUGUUUUUUUAAAUGUGAGCUGUAUUCUUGAAAUCCUCACUUGUUGAUGACUUUUUGCUAUUUUUUUUAAAUCCUUUUCAGUUGACGAGAACUGAAGAAGAAAACCUUUCUGAUUUUGUUUUAAUGAAAUGUGAACCUUGGUGGCAUAACCUAUAAGGACAAUGAACAUUUGACAUUAGUGUGUUGUUCAGCACACGUGGGGGACGGCGAGGCGUUCAGAGGCUCAGUGUGAUGGGGGACUGUGAGCAGCACCGCACCGUUUCCCUCAACGCACCAUAAGGAGCUGAGAAGACUUUUACAGUUUACUUAUGAUAUAUGUGAAUACUAAUGUAAAAAACAAAAAAACGCAGAAGCACAUUCUGUCUUUUUAUUAUACAUGGGGGAUUUCUUAAUUUCUUGUCAUGAAUACCAGCUGAUAUUUUACAGUGACACAAAAAGGCAAGAAAAUAAAAAAAAAGAAGAAAAAAAAAAACACUUUUUUUUGUAAGAUUCUGUAUUUUUCAAAAUGCUUAACUGUUUUAUACAAGCUCUUUACGUUGGAGAGUCGGGAUCGACUUUGGGAGUUUUCGGACCCAUUCGUCUUUUGAACAUUUGGAUAAUUCGUUUGUCUGUGUGGUUUGAGCCUGUUCUGUCUGUAUUAUUUCCUCUUAAAAGUAUUUAUUUUAAGGAGCCAUCUGGAGUCUGGACUGAUGGCACAAAUGUUUUAUUAUGUCGAUUGAUGAGUGCUUGUCAAUUUCUUAUGUAAAAUAAAAUGCCGUAUAUCA